CGAAAAGCACGAGACGGGCAGAGGCGUUACUCGUUAGCGGGGAGCUAUGGAUGCCCAGCGCGACGAGGAGGCCGCAGCCGCAGCCGGGCUGCUCCUCGCCGCGCCGGCGGGCAGCACGCGGAGCCCCGCGGCCGACGCGCACAUCCUCUCCGCCGCCUUCCUCUUCGUCUUCGCCGCCUACGGCGCCGCCCAGAACCUCGAAAGCACCGUCAACACGGUACGCCCCCUAUCUUCCGUUUCGGCCGUCGUGGCGAUCCUGUACACCUCCUUCACGCUCUUCUCGGUGGUCGCGCCGCCGGUGGUGACGCGGCUGGGGCCCAAGCGCGCGCUCGUCGUCGGCAGCAGCGGCUACGUGCUCUUCAUCCUCGCCAACCUCGUCCCGACAUGGUACACAAUAGUGCCAGCUUCACUAUACCUUGGUUUUUGUGCAUUGAUCAUUUGGGUGGGUCAGGGUACAUAUCUUACAUCGGCUGCCCUGAGUCAUGCAAGAGACAAUAAUUUGCCCGAGGGUCAAACUUUGGGAAACUUCACUGGAGAGUUCUGGGGAAUUAUAGCUAGCACGCAGGUCAUUGGAAAUUUGCUCUCGCUUGCUCUACUGAGAAAUGAAAAGGAUGGAGGAAGUGUCACAGGGAAAAAUCUUUUAUUUGUUGUGUUUCUUGGCUGCAUGAUAGUGGGCAUUGUAUUAUUGUGUUUACUGUCCAAAAGAGAGGAGAAAGGAUAUAAUGAUCCAUUGCAUUCCUCAUUCGGAGCUAUGUUGGAGUCACUCAAGGACCGAAGAAUGCCUUUUAUUAUCCCUCUUAUGGUAUAUAUAGGCCUAGAACAUGCGUUUGUCUGGGCUGUAUUCACAAAGAGCAUUGUAACACCUGUGCUUGGCAUUUCUGGAGUUGGUGGAGCCAUGACUAUCUAUGGUGCAGCUUGUGCAGUUUGUGCACUGGUUACUGGAUAUUUGACCUCUGGACUUUAUUCAGCUACAUUAAUAGUGUCAUUUGGAGCUAUUGUCCAGGCUGUAGUCCUAUUCUGGUUGCUUCUUUUUUACAGCCCAAUGGAUCGAGUGCUUGGCGCAGCGGCUCCGCUACUCAUAGGCGCCUUAUGGGGUGUUGGUGAUGGGAUGUUGAAUACACAAUUAAAUGCAGUUGUUGGACUUAUGUUCGAAGAUGCCAAGGAAGCUGCCUUUGCACAGUUCAAGGUCUGGGAAUGUGGUGCCAUUGCCACCAUCUUUUUCCUGAGCCUGCACAUCAUGCUACAGGUCAUGCUCGUGUUGAUGACUGCGUCCCUCGUCAUCUCAUUCGGCGCGUUCCUAUUCCUCACAAUUGCCGUCGAGAAGUCAUCAUCGGCUGUCAGAUCCUGAGGCAAAUCUGUUAUCCAUUGCCCAACCAAACUGGAGCCCGACCCUGCAUCUUCGUCUCUGUUAUCAGCAUUGCAACUGCCCCGUUUUGUGUUCACCAGCGGCACGGAAGGGAAAUGCCUCAUCCAUCAUAUAUGAGUUGACACGAUGUUUUGCAGUGCUAUUCGGUUCAGACAUUGCUGAAGUAAAGUCCGUUAGACAAGUACAUGGUUUUGUGUACUAAAAAAACUAUUUAUUACUACUUCACAGAAUCACAUAACUGUACAGUUUUAAAACCGAAAUGGGAAUUGAGUUGUAUACAUGCCAUGAAUCCACGAGAUCCACAUAA